GACAUGUGCAGGGCAUUUUUUUUAUCUAUGGUCAGUUUCGAAAUAUUCUUAGUUCACUCGUUCAUUUUCAUUCACUCAUUUCACAUAAAUUUAAUGUGCAGGUUACAUAGGUUGUUUUACGAAACUGAAGAUCUAAUUCUGUUCUCUUUUAUUUUUCGUAUUGUAUCCGUUUCAUUUUCAAUAGCAAAUUUCGAUAAAUACAUUUGUAACUACGGCUGUGGGAAAAAUGGAAGGGAAUACGGUCCACCCGCAUCCAUCUGUGGUACCGGGUUUACCACCCGGUGUUAUCCAUGGAAUGACAGUGCACGGCAGUGGACCGAACGGUGAACACAUUCCUCACGGUCCAAGACGCCGCUAUCAGACCCGACCCAAACCUAAUAACUUGCAAAGAUUGCCUUUGGACGAGGCGGCCAAGAGGGAAAUGGAAUCACUUCCUACAAAGACUCCUGUCUCUGUUUUGCAAGAGCUGUUGGCACGUCGUGGAACUGUUCCUAAAUAUGAACUAGUCCAGAUAGAAGGCAUGAUACAUGAACCCACUUUCCGGUACAGAGUAACUGUGGCUGAUUUAGUUGCAAUGGGCACUGGUCGCUCAAAAAAAGAGGCAAAGCACUCUGCAGCCAAGGCUUUACUGGACAAGUUAACUGGUGCUACACCAGCUGAUCAGACUACCAAUGGCAAUGUUCCUGAAACUGGUGCUGUAGUACCUACAUUUGAAGAUAAACUAAUGGGUAAUCCUGUUGGAUGGCUUCAGGAGUUGUGUAUGUCACGAUUCUGGCCACCACCAUCUUACCAUGCUGAAAACGAUGACAAUGUUAAUAGACCAGUUUCAGGUUUGCCCCAUGAACGUCAAUUUACGAUCAUUUGCACAUUGCUCAAGCGCCGUGAAGUUGGUACAGGCAAGUCAAAGAAAUUAGCUAAACGGCAAGCUGCCUACAAGAUGUGGCAGGCCUUACAGGACAACCCACCAGAAUCCUUCCAGAAUGAUGAUGAGGGCGGUGUUGCGGCCCGUUAUGCCGAUUUGAAAGAUAGUAAAAUCUCCACAUUGACCACGAGCCAUAGCCAUAAAGUGUCGCAGUUCCACAAACAUCUCAAACAGUCUGUUGGCCCCAACCUGGCCAAGUUGCAGGUGACACCACUAAACAAUAAGGAUUUUAACUUCGUUCAGUUCUUGCAAGAAAUAGCAUCAGAGCAAUCUUUUGAGGUGACCUAUGUCGACAUAGAAGAAAAGUCUAUGACUGGUCUAUGUCAGUGUCUUGUCCAGCUUUCCACAUUGCCAGUAGCUGUAUGCCACGGAGCCGGCCUCACCAGCAAGGAUGCCCAGUCAUCUGCUGCUCAGAACGCCUUGGAGUAUCUCAAGAUUAUGACCAAAAAGUGAAAUUUUCAACAUCUUACGACAUCAGCAAAGACCAGUGCGACGACCUAUGCAUUUGAUCUAUGGGCUCUAACGUUAUGAGAUUUAAUUUUAAUGCAGGCCAUAUCACUAUGUGUUUUGUAUUGAUGUCGUUAGGUUUUGAGCCUUCAUAUUGUUGCAUCACUUUCCAUAUGAAUAAUGGCAUUAAUAGUACGCAUCUAUGUACCAAUAGUACUUUGGGCUAUGCUUUAUAACUGGCAUGUUUGCAGUAACCAACUUGUUUUUUUUUUUUUGGUUAAUUUAUGGUAGGCAGUUUGAAACUUAUAGCUAAGAUAAGUGAACGAGCUCACGGCCAAUCUUGUGUUAAGGAGUUACUGGAGCCUAUAUACUUCACUGAGAUACUAUUUUCAACUCUGUUAUUGUUCCCCCGUUUCAAGAGAUAAUUUUCGCGAUAGCUAUUCAAUUCUAUAAUUAACUCCUCACUGAAGUGUUAACAAAGUGCUGCGAUAUGAGGUUUAUCAACCGAAGUUUAAAAACCGUUCUUAGCAGUCAAUUUAUUAUGUAUUCCCUAGACAUUUAUUUCCACCAAGAGCAAUAAACAUUUAAGCGAUUUUAAGCGAAACGGCCGUAAAAAAAGUGUCACUCUGGCAACUAGCAUUGUGAUGAAAUUAAAUCCUUUAAUAAUUUGCAAGUAAAAGUUCAUUAUUUAUUAAUAAAACUACUGCCAAUGUGCGAGGAUAAAUUGCAUAGCCCGUAAUCUUAAAAAACAAAGUAUGGAGUGAUUUGUCAUAAAAUACAAGCUAUACUUUGCAUAGAAUUAGUGUAAUUUUCCCAGCGUGGAAAUUACGUGUUAUAAAAAUGUAAAAAAAAUGAAAUAAUAUGAAAAUACAAAAAAAAGUGUGGAUUUACAUAUAUUUCCAGUUUAAUAUUCAGCAUCUUAGGCAUGUUUUUUGCAUUCAUAUUUAAUUAUUAAAGUAUAAUCUCAAUCUUAGCUUUUAAUCUAUUUUAUCUAUAAAUUAACACUAUUAUUGCGGCGAAGUCAGUAUGUUUGACUUAUUUCGUAAAUUCAUGUUUAGGAACUAUGAAUUUUAACUAUCAUUGGUAAGCCUUUUUAAUAUGCUGAGCAUUAAACGGAAAAUAGUUUCAGCUAGUGUCUUGUUGACGAACUGCCCGACCUUUGCUUUGUAAUAAGCUCCGACGUAGCAAUUAAUUCACUUGAACUUUAAGAACUUUUUACAAAGUGCAAGGGUUGGAACAUUGAUGGUAUUGAAGGAUUACAGGUCGUUGUUCGUUUUGUUUGAUACCAGUGAUUGUGAGUUUUCUUUUGUGUACAUGAUGGAAAACUUUGCAGGGAAGUAGAAUACUAAAUGUAUGAGUGAGAUGCAUCACUCACUGUAAAGAGUUUGUAAAGAGAGGAUCCCUUGCCUGUGAAAAUGGGCAUUAUUUUAAUGCAAAGUAUAGAGGUUGUAACAAUUUGUACCUGUACAGUGUCGUCGUCGAUGUUUGUGAUCCCGGCACCGACGAGGAACCUGCACGCACCAAGUUUCUUUUAAAUUGAAUGGUGUGAGUUCAACCUGCCCUUAUAAAACAUCGCACUGUUCAAGUUAGAAAAGACUACUCGAGUAAAGGAUUGGAGUUCUGUUCAACCAAGACCCAACUAAAUAAAAACUAAUAUUUUGUCCGGCCGUAAGGACUAUGAUUGUUCCACGUUUAUUUUAUUUUUUCUUUAGUGAGUCUUGGUUUUACUUAUUGUUAUUAAUUAUAAUUAAGCUCUAAAUAUAAUAAUAUCAUGGCUUUUUAACAUUUGUCACACCUGCUAAUAAUAUGUAUGAAGUCUAUAUUAUUUUAAAACAUUAUGAACUUCAUAUUAUUUCUGCUGUAACUUCAAUAAAUUUUUGGUGUUGCCUAA